AUGGCUUGGGAGAUGCGGCAGCAUCUUCUCUUGGGCCUGCCUGCGGUGCUCGGUGUUUGCCUGCACUUGAGCUCCGCUGCCCGCGCCGCUUCCUGGGAGGAUGAGCCGCGGCAGGGCGGGCCAAAACCCGACAGCAGCGGAGAUACAUGGGGUGACUUCUUCAGUGAGCUCGCCGACCUCUUGCGGAUGCUGGAUCUUGUUUGGUUCCUGGUGGCCGCUGCAAUCGCCUUGGUUAUCGCAUGCUGGCAGCCUUCGCAGAUUGUGGGCGACACCUCGCAGGUCGAUUCUGAUGGCGUCAAGUGGACGCCACCGUCAUGGUACACCUUGACCACGAUCUUCAACUCGCUCUCCAGCCAUGCCGCGGGCAUCCUCGGCUUCGUGGGCUUCCAGAAGAUCGUGGUAGCCAGGAUCGUGUCCACCAGCCAGCCUAGGGCCAACUGGUCGGCGCCCAACUUCCUCCUCCUCACCAGCAUCGCCAUCUCCAUCACCGCGAUUUUUUCUAGCCUCGUGUUUAUGGGUGUGGACUACCUACGCCGCCUGGCCAUCGACAGCGCGCGGAGUCGGGGAUACAGGCUGAUUUUCAUGCACGGCAAGCUGGAGCGCACAGGACUCGGGAUGGCGCUGAUCCUGAUGACCUUCGUGCUGAUUGUGCUGCCGCUGGCCGGCACAUACUGGGCUAGGCCCAGGGAUUUUUCGGUGUCGUGA